AUGAUACAAGUUCCGUCUCUUUCAUCAUGCCGCGCACUGUACCGGCGAGAUGCUCCUGCAAUGGCAUCCAUGUUCUUCACAGCGUGGCACGCCGCGCGUUUGACAUUGUCGUCCGGCUCGUCUCUCGCAAAUUCGCCCAGUCGUUCUGCCCAAACGACCAACGCUUCGUGGGCUGGUCAAAGUGCCGGGCCUCCACUGGGACAUCCCUCUCGUUCCAAGCCUGAGUUCAUCUUUGGCAAUCUCGUCGAACAGCUUGCGUCCGUUGUGCUUGAUCCAGCAGGCGACAGCCGGGAUAUGGAAGUCCGCUUGGAGCAGCACCUCCGCUGUGUCAUCCCGGGAUGCUACAGUAUUGUCAUUGUGAUUUGCCACUCUUUCUAG